UAUUGCAAUUGAUGACUUGGAAGAGAUUUUUACGCAUGAACAACUAGGCGUCGGUAAUAUGCACUCAUACAUCCGGUUGUUGUAUGACAGAGUGUUGCGCGGGACUGUAUUGUCUAACAGAUUCCGUUUCGUGUCUUCCGCCCAUUGCAGCGGAAUGGCAAUUGAUUCGGAACCGGAAUCAGUUAGACAGCUCUUAGUCGAUAGAUUCAUGUCCACUGGCAAUUCAGAAAGUCUGCAUCUUUGGGCGUAUAAUACCCGACCAGUAGGAGCACACUGGUUGUUGCUUGCUAUCAACCCUAUAAGAGAAGUCGUGUAUUAUCUGAAUUCGGUAAAUGGUGACUGGACCAAUUAUCCGGCUAUGAAGGAAAUCGUUGAUUUAUCAAUACAAGUGUUCCGAAGUCAACGGGACGCACAGGUAUCCCGGACUAAAUCAAACAACAUUACUUGGAUCAAAGUGCAGUGUCCGCAACAGCGAAACAGUUCAGAUUGCGGAUACUUUGUUUUGAGGUUUAUGAAAGAAAUCCUUCAGGCGAAUCAAUUAGAGAUUCCGCUCACGUACCUUGACGAAUUCCGUGCUGCUGGGUACCCGAGACUUAAGUUGGAAGAAAUCAAAGAGGAUUUGUGUCACUUUUAUAUUAAGCAAUUUUUCAUGUAGGAUUUGUGUCGAUUUGAAC